AUGGCAACGCCGGGCAGCGUCGAACCCCUCGCGACGCCAGGAAUGUCGGUGUCGAUGCGGGCAGAAGCUGGCUGGCUUUCUGAACAUGCCUACAGAAAAUCAACCCUGUCCGAAGAGUUCAGCAGCUUAGAUGUUUUGUGUGACAUGGAGGUAAGGACUCACCGGUUGCAUAUAUAUAUUUUAUGCUUAAUGGUUUUACCCCUGAACAAAGAUAUGACUCCACAUUGCUUUUGGGUUUUCCACUCCGAGUUCAAAGAAGAUUUUGUGAAGCUGUUCAAGAAGUCUCUGCGCACGCUCCCCUCCGUUGGCCUGCCUACCCUUCUGGCCUACAGACCUGAAUCGUCACGAGCAAACAUACAGAUUGAGACAGAGGAGGACUGCGCUCCGAGGUGCGAGUACUGUGGCAGCCUGCUGAAGCCGUUCCCUUCCGUCGAAGACGCUUGCCCACCGUCACAGGAUUAUGAAUCAAAAUUCUGCUGCGAGCGUAAUCGAGACCUCUACGAGUUCAUCGUAAAUGAGAGGAAGAACCACGAAGGCGCCUGGAGCGUUCCCAUUGCUGUCAGCCCCCGUGAAUCCCAUGGCACCGCAGCUGACAGGCUGCUGUCAAAGGAGAGAGCGUACCAGAGGCAGCAGGAGAGACAAAUGGCCAGGCAGUUAGCUUUCCUGGCAGCAGAGCCCACGAGUGUAGCUGAAUCUUCAAAUCAAGCCGGCACGAUUUCCUACCUGCUUUCUCGAGAGCCCCCAUCGCCAAACGGCCGGACGCUGGCGCCUGGCGGGAGG